UCUCUUACGUUACAACCUGAUUGGUCGAUACAUGAGCUACUGCUGUCAUCUAGCGUAUCACUGUGGUAUCAACUUUGAGCGGAAACCGAAGGUCAAGUGGAUCGGCAUAAGCAAAGAAAAAUAAAAUCCAAACUGACAGCCGCCUUUGAACGAUCACGUCUGACAAACCCUCGAAGCUGUCAAACAUCGUCUUGUCGUCGUAUCAAUACCUGCGUGGUAAGCAUCAAUAAUGACAUAAGGACAGAAUUGCGUUGUUCUUUACUGUCCGAUCGAUUCGUUUAUUUAUGCUAACGUCUACUUUUCAUAACUCCAAUCCACGUAAAUGUGACGGCAACCGUAUAAUUCAAGAUAUAAUAGGUUAAAAAGAUCUGGGACUCCCCAAUUCCUAUUAAUCCGUAGAUACUGAAGCUUGUCAAUAUAUUACUCAACACAUUGUUGAACGAAGUAUUUCUCAUCUCUGUGAUAAGAAUUUAGCUGACUGUUUACCUUAGUUGAGAUGCCGAGUUCAUAUUUAUACGCUAUUAACAAUGAGGGGAGAGUAUUCGGACUUUCGACAUCAGGCAAUAUGUGGAGAGAAUUCAUGUACUUGGGACUGGAGUUUAAACAACUCUCCGCAGUGCCUCAUUUCAUGUGGGCCAUUGGUGGCGAUCGUCAAGUUUACGUCCAUGUACAUGGGCUAGAUAUACCCAUUCGCAUCAAGGAAGAAACCUAUGAAAAUGAACGUUGGCUACCCUUGGAAGGUUUUAGUGGGCGACUUCUACCAACAGAUAGAUAUAACUUUUCAAGUCAGGAUGGUACAGUGGACCGUAGUCGAGAUAAAGUUAAGCUUCCAUCUAUGGCAUGGCAGUGGGAAGGCGAUUGGCACAUUGAAACAACGCUCGAUGGUCAGCCGUUAGAUCAUGAUGGCUGGACUUACGCAGUGGACUUUCCUGCGACUUAUUCAACAAAUAAACAAUGGAAAUCAUGCGUCAGAAGACGGAAAUGGGUUCGAUAUCGGAGGUACAGUGCAAUGAACUCGUGGUGCGCUAUAGCACCUCUGCACAAAGAUGCUACUAAGGAGCCUUUCAUAGAUGUGGCUGUUGGUGGAAAUCAGAUUCUUGGCGGGCAUUCGGGAAACAUGGUAGUUUGGGCAGUCACGGCCCACGGUAGAAUAAUGUUCAGAGUCGGAGUUAGCACAACAUCACCUGAAGGACAGAGAUGGAGUGCUAUUAAGAUGUCCAAUGGCUACGAGGCUAUUCAAGUCAGUGUUGGACCAACUGGACUUGCUUGGAUCAUACUAACAAAUGGAAAGGCACUCGUUCGCACUGGAGUUUGCAGGGAAAAUCUUAUGGGUGAUGGCUGGGCAGAGGUAGAACCGCCGAAUGAUAAACUCCGCCUUACUCAAGUUGGCGUUGGCAUAGAUUCCGUGUGGGCUGUUACUAAUGAUGGUAGCGUUUGGUUCAGAAAAGGUGUUAAUGGCCAGUCGAGUAUGUUGUGUGAACAGAUGGCUACGGGAACUGGAUGGGUUGACAUGCUGAGUAAAAUGGCUCUAGUUUCAGUUUCACCUGAUGAUCAGGUAUGGGCGAUAGGUCAUGACGAUCGCUGCUUAUAUUAUCGAACUGGAAUCAGAGGGACAGAUCGAACUGGAAAAAAGUGGAGAAUGAUUAACGCACCUCUCCAGCUUAGUAGGGCAAGCAGUAACGCUAGCCUUUCAUCUAGUAAUCGUCAUAGUCUUUGUGGUACUCCACAGCAACAUCGCCACCAAAGUUGGGGCUCCUUGUCUCGACCACACAGCACUGGGGAUGGAGCAGCACUGAUCAAGGACUGGGAAGAACAAUCUCGAUCCGCGCCUACCCCUACAUCUUUGAAAUUGUUGCAACGAACAAGCGACGGUACUUCCACAAACAAUUUGCAACAGACCUCAUCCCAGGAAUCUUAUCUCAAUGAGAGUAAAAAUAGAUCGUCAAAUUCAGUGAAUACGAACGAUUUGACUGAAGCUAGUGUUGCUAAUAUAACAAUAUCCAAUGAGUCAUUAACCAAAGGUGGAGAAUCCAUCGUCGUUUCUGGGAAAGGAAUGAGCAAUACCGUUAAGGUAAAUCCAGCUGCAUGGAGCCCAGUUCAUUCAGUAGGAUCUAUGGUUGGUGUUGAAGCACAUCCCGAAACAGACGGUAGUGUAUUUGAUCCUGAUUUAACCGGAGAUUCCGGUGUUUAUGGAGAAGAUGAAAAUACAGCUGCAAUGUAUUGGGCUGAAUACGACGUUUUAUGGUGCAAGAUCGAAGCUGGAGCCUGUUUCAUUGAUCAGGCUAACCCUCCAAAGUGGAUGGUGGAGAGUAAUGGCACUACUUGUGGUGAACUAACUGAACCAUGGAGGGAGCACAUUCUCUGCAAUCUUAAGAAGCGGCUAAAAGAUUUGGAUGUGAAUAUCUUGUCAUAUGAAAAAGCGAUUGAAAUGUCAUCCUGUGUGAAAAAUGGUGAUGCACGAUGUCAAUUGAAAGGGAGCAAAGCGUAUCAAGACUGUGUUCUAGAAUUAGAAUGGAUUAGCAAUACAAGCGGUUACGUAGAUUCUGGUACACUUACCAUUUUGAAUACAGACGGUGCAACUACUAUGUUGCAAUUCCCGAUAUCAGAAAUAGUGUGCGUGGUCUCCUGCAGUGAGCCAGGAAACCCAAGACUUGCGAUACACACUCCUAAUUUAUCCCGCUCAAAAAUUUUAAGACUGCAAUUUGCUAGUGAUACUGAAAUGGAAGAUUGGAUGGAUAAUCUUACUACAGUCUCGUGCCAAAUAAAUAAUCUUCACGGAAAGCCGGGUCCAAAUUCGAUUUGGGCAACCACUGGUCUUGGAGAUGUUUUCGUUUAUGAUACAGAAAUGGCUGAGACUAGCCAAUUAGUCGACGGUGUUUAUACACAGGAAUUACUUACAUCUGGAAACCAAUUACCAUUUGAAAGCAUUUUACAUAAUGGAUUCGGACCUGGAAGUUCUUUACAUAUGUCACUUUGCCUUUACGACGACGCAGACAGGUUGGCAAUAAAUCUGGUUUGUUAUACAACAACGACAAUGAAGCAACAAAAAGCAGCUGAAGGUCAUGACAUAGCUCUUCACUUCAAUCCCCGAUUAAACGAAGACGUGAUAGUGAGAAAUACAUAUCAGUCAGGUCAAUGGGGCGACGAAGAAAGAGUUGGAGUGAGUCCGUUGAAGGCAGGCUCCGAUUAUACCCUGAAAUUCGUCUGUGAGGAAGGGGGGUACAGAAUUUUUAUUAAUGACAUCGAAUAUACCUUUUACAGUCACAGAAUACCACCAGAGAACAUAACGCAUCUCCGCAUCAAAGGGCUGAUGACAUUAAGUAGUGUCUGUUACAAAACUAAAUCUGUUAUCAUUGAGCCAAUAAAAAUAUUUUGGAGACAAAUGGGAGGACAUUUGAGGAAGGUGGAAACGUGUAGUGUUGGAGUAACAUGGGGAAUAGGAUACGAUAAUACAGCGUACGUUUAUACGGGGGGCUGGGGUGGAAAUUUCUUAAAAGGUUUACGGUCUAACAAUACCGGCAUCAAUUCAAUGGUAGAUACGCACAACUACUUUGUUUACGAGAAUCAACGUUGGAAUCCCGUUACCGGUUAUACAUCCCAUGGAUUACCAACGGAUCGGUAUAUGUGGAGUGACGUAACAGGGCGUCAUAAGCGAACGCGAGAACAUACCAAAACUCUUUCAAUGCACUGGCAAUGGGUAUCAGACUGGAUAAUAGACUUCCAUACUCCUGGUGGUGUUGAUAGAGAUGGGUGGCAAUAUGCAAUGGAUUUCCCUGCACAAUACCACGGUCGUAAGCAGUUCACCGAUUACGUGAGAAGACGAAGGUGGUUUAGGCGUUGUCAAUUGAAAACUAGCGGACCUUGGCAGGAACUAGGAAAUACAAAAAUCGUCGACAUCUCAUUAUACACAACAAGUAAACCAGGCGACGAAGGUUUCAUAAACGUGUGGGCUGUUGCUGCCAAUGGGGAAGCAUUGUUCAGGCGCGGUGUUUCAGAAUUGUGCCCAUUAGGAGUUUCCUGGGAACAUAUACCCAGUGAUCAGGCACUGAUCGGUAUUAGUUGCGGUCCAGAGGGUCAAGUUUGGGCUGUUGGUAAAAAUGGAACUUCAUACUGGAGACUUGGAAUAUCUUUAGCCAAGCCGACUGGUGAAACGUGGCAAAAUGUAGAGCCUCCAUCAGGGGCCCAGGUGAAACAGAUUUCAGUCGGAAAAGAUGUAGUUUGGGCGCUGGAUACAACCGGCCGAUUAUCAGUACGUCGGGAAGUUAGAGCGAAGAUUUUUCCCGAAGGCACAUACUGGCAAACUUUACCAGCCAUGCCAAAUGAUCCAAUCCAUAUCGCAACAAUUGUUGAAAAAGAUAACAUAGCAGACAAUUGUUGUAUAUUCUACACAGAUACUUUUGUUCCAACUGCCAAACAAGGAUUUCGUCAUGUAUCUGUGGGUAGAGAAAAAGGUCAAGUAUGGGCUCUCUCUGGAGCUGGCAUUGUUUGUCGCAGAAUAGGUAUAACGGAUGAAAAUCCGGCUGGAACAGGAUGGACAACUGGUAUUGGUGCAAAUUGGCAGUAUAUAAGUGCUGGUGGCCUUGUAAACCGGGCACAAUAACGCCAGUUAUCAUUCAUCGCAAAAACCAUUGAAGUAAACAACCAAAGGGAAUAAAGUUGCAGUAAAACCUUAUUGUUAUCAACUUCGAUCGGUCCAUUGAUCCUCUUUUCCACUUCAGUAACCUUUCCCAACGACAUGUGAGAGUACCUAAUCAAUUUCAUCAUGGACCCACGCUCUAGUCAAGGAUAUAACAUAACUCCUUUAUUUUAAAAACAUAAAUCCAGAGCAGUUCAUAAAAAUGCAUUGCUACUGUAUUUAAGGAAUUAUCACGGAAUUAAUGUACAUACAAUACUCCAAUUAUUCGAAUUGUUAUAGACCAUCACUGUCAGAUAUACAAGCUAUUUUUAUCAUUGCUAUAAGAUUCAAAAUAAUGAUCAAAACGUAUAGAAGCAACAGAAGAUCAUUCAAAUACAGAUCAUGAAUUGUGACGGUCAGAAACUUACACAGUCAGCUUAUAAAAUCAUCUAUAGGCAAAAUCAAGCUUAAGGAACUAGUGAUAGUUUCGGGCUUAAUAGUUUAGUCAAGAUUAUAUUAGCAUAAUGUAAAAAUUGUUAUGUAACACUUUUUCAAUGGAAAUGGAGAAAGUCUAUUGCUAGUACGUUCUGCUCAUUGAAUUUAAAAACGCUUUUAGGAUCAAUUAUUUUCUGAAAAAAGAUGAGACACCGAGAUAGGAAGAUAUGAUUAUGCAGUAUUAUUAUGCGACGAAUUGAUCAGUCAUUUAAAAUGAUUCUGGAUUUUAACCUUCUAAUCUUGAAAAAAACACUUGAAUUUUUUUACAAGCAUAGUGAUACUUGUCAGGUACUUCGUUUUCAUAUCCAUACCUUAAAAAAAAAACCUAUUUUGUGAUAAUAAUUGAAGAAAUAUUUCAGGUACACCUACCUAGUAUCACCGUAACAAAAAAGUUAGAUUUUAUUGUAGGAGUUUAUAGUACAUAGGAUCAUUUAUCGGCUGUUAAGCAUGAGUGUGUGUUGAGCAUAAUGAGCGAAGCCGAUUUUAACACAAGUCCACCUAAGUAGAUCUAUCGUUUCAAGUGUAUACGUUCAACAAUAGGUGACCCUGUAAAUUUAAAGGAUAGAAGUUAUUACAUUCUUUUUGCAGCAAAUCAGUGGUCCACAUGAUAUAAUAUGUAGUUGUGGAGUAAUUUUGAUAUGAUAGUUAAUUUGGUAGUUAUUUCAACAUAUUUUUUUUUAUUAAUUUAUAAUCUAACACUCGCUAGGAGAUCAACGAAUGAUUCCAGUCCUCCAUAUUGUAUGAUGCCACAGUGUUUCGCUACCAGUCAGUACGGAAUAGGAGUGUCAAGAGAUCUGAGGAUUCAGUCAUUUUAAGUUGACGAUGAGUGAGUUUUUGAAUAAACUGAUACCGCGAUUUUCUUUAAAUGCAAACGUACGACAAUUCGUAAUUGCUUCCUAAACUUCAUUAAGGCACUUCUAUUCUUACACAUUGAAUCAUAAAGACAAUAUUUUUGUGUAAAGUAAUUUUAUUUUUGCUAUCAGUAUUUAUUUUCGUAAUCAAGAAUUUAGAAUCCUAAUAUACUUAUGGAACAUAAUCGAGCAUAUAUGCUUCUGAGUUGAAAUAUGGUCGUACGGCUGUGAUUUUCCACCAAAAAAUUUGUUUCACAUAAUUUAUCUUUUACUUCAUCAUUGUACUAUGCAAUACAGUCAAAUAAGCAUUGCUAUUUUGACUGCGAAAAGAAUAGAGUUUUAACAUGAAUAAAAUGAAUGAAACUAUGGCAAAUGACUUAUUGAGUACAUAUUUCUCAUUGAAAAUAUAGCAAGCAUUUAUCUUAAGGGGGGACUUUGGUGAAAUUUUGUUAAUAUCGAAGUUUUUGUUUUUUUCAAUGACGGAAAGAGAUGCAUACGCGAAAAUUUCUUUCUAUAAGAUUUAGAUUAUGAUGGCAUGACUUCUCCUGAUAAAAAUUUCAAUCUUCUGCGAAGAAUAUCCAUAAAAGAAGAUUGAAUUUGUUCUUUAGGACAUGUACUGCUGUUAUCUAAAUCUUGUAGAAAUGAAUUUUCAAUUACAUCUCUCUUAAAGUCAUUUCCGAAAUGAAAAAUUCAGUAUUAUGGAAAUUUCACCGAAGUCCCCCCUUAAUAGAGAUACAUUAAUCUUUUAAUGGGAUUCUUACAUUUAGGCUAAUACUAAGUAUAUACGGUGGUAUAAAUACUCAAAGAACAUAACACUAAAUUUAUUUUAAACCUAACUAUAAUAGCUAUGCACCUUCUCAAGUGGAGUACUGAAAAAUAAAUAUUAUUUAUAAUAUCAAUAUUUUCCGAUAUAUUUGACUUUUUACGGAUAAAAUGUUUCGCUCAAAAUUUCCAAUCGUUUACCUUUUAGAAUUCACUCCUGCGAUCAGAUUAGAAAAUUGAAUGUUGCCUAAAUUCUCAAACAGUAGAUACAGUUUUUUAUUUACAUUCAUUUUCACUAUUCGGUAAUGAUAUCAGUGCAUGAGGUCGAUACAUUUCGGAGCAUCAAUUAAGUACUAUUUGUGUACAAUUUAACACAUAAU